GUGGAUAUUGCUUCAACAGAUCUGCAAACAGUGAAUAAUUAUGGACAGUGAUGAGCAUUUACUGUACUUUAAAGGCUUUAAUUUUGAACCUAAAACGGUUGAUACUGACUUCCUAGAGAAUCUAGAGGAUUUUGAAAUUAGAGAUGAUGAUGUCUUCAUAGUCACAUACCCCAAAUCGGGUACCAUUUGGACUCAGCAGAUACUAUGUUUGAUUUAUUUUGAGAAACAUCGUAAGCAAACUGAAAAUGUACAAACACUUGACUUAGCUCCCUUCCUAGAAUACAACAUACACAAGGUGGACUUCACUAAGAGACCAUCCCCUCGCAUUUUCUGUUCUCAUCUGCCAUAUUAUUUAGUACCAAAUGGUCUCAAGAACAAAAGAGCUAAAAUUGUUUACAUCUACAGAAACCCCAAAGAUGUUAUUACCUCAUAUUUUCAUUUUUCAAAGUUGGUGGCUGUAUUAAGAGGAUAUGAAAAUCUGGACAUUUUCAUGCAUAAUUUUCUAGAUGGAAAAGUUCCAGGAAGCCUAUGGUUUGAUCCUGUCAAAGGCUGGUAUGAGCACAGACAUAAAUUUAAUAUUCUCUUUGUGUCAUAUGAAGAAAUGAAGAAGGAUCUCAAAAGUGCUUUACUUACAAAAAAAAAAAAACUCUGCCAUUUUCUUGGGAAAGAACUCAGUGAAGAUGACUUGGAUGCUGUUGUGAGACAAGCUACAUUUAACAAUAUGAAAUCUGAUUCACGAGAAAAUAUUAAUAAUAUAAUCAAAAAAGAAAUUGGGGCAAAAAGUGAAGGCUAUUUUCUGCGCAAAGGUACCAUUGGUGAUUGGAAAAACCAUUUCACUGUGGCGCAAAGUGAAAGAUUUGACAUGAUAGUUCAAAGGAAGAUGAAGGACAUAACAUUGAAGUUCAUCUGGGAUAUAAAUGAGGAAUAG